UCCAUCCCCCUCUUUCAACUCCUCCUUCUCGCUCAAUGCCGCUAUUUCCAACAGCUGAUUUCCAGACCAGAGAGAGAGGAACACGGCGAGACGGUUCAGGUUCCGAAUCAGCUGCUGCAGAAGGAUUCACGGCGAGUAGAGAUGCGGGGAGAGCGCUGUGGUCCGUCAUGAAGAUCUGAGCUCCGCCGCCGCUCCGUCAGCUCUGAGAGGAUGGCUUUCCAUGGAUCCUCACGGCCAACAGUGUGUGGUAACAUGUUCCCUGGAUCAGAGUUAAGUCACAAGUAUUUUUGUGUCAACACCACGACCGGCACUACCUCAACGGGCCUCAGCGCAACACCAAAUCCAGCUGGACCCAACGCACCUGCUGGGACUCCCAGGCACCCGGCGUCUCUCGGGGGCAGCACCGGCGGAGGGGCGGCCAUCCCGCAACCUCACAGUAACCCAGCAAGUGAGGUUCCAAGUCCUGCUGAGAUGGAGCCUGAUCGGCCUAUCGGUUAUGGUGCGUUUGGAGUGGUCUGGUCUGUGACGGACCCUCGGGAUGGACGUAAGGUGGCUCUGAAGAAAAUGCCGAAUGUCUUCCAGAACCUGGUCUCCUGCAAACGUGUGUUCAGGGAACUCCGGAUGCUGUGUUUCUUUAAACAUGACAAUGUGCUGUCUGCCCAAGACAUUCUCCAACCUCCACAAAUCGACUGCUUUGAGGAGAUAUACGUGAUCACUGAGCUCAUGCAGAGUGACCUGCAUAAAGUCAUCGUCUCCCCUCAGCCUCUCACCACUGAUCACAUCAAGGUGUUCCUCUACCAGAUACUCAGGGGGCUGAAAUACCUGCAUUCUGCAGGCAUUCUGCACAGAGACAUCAAACCAGGGAACCUGCUGGUCAACAGCAACUGUCUGCUUAAGAUUUGUGACUUUGGCCUAGCACGAGUAGAGGAACCAGAUCCUUCUCGUCACAUGACCCAGGAGGUGGUGACGCAGUAUUACCGUGCUCCGGAGGUUCUGAUGGGAUGCCAGCAUUACACUUCAUCGAUAGAUGUCUGGUCUGUAGGCUGCAUCUUCGCAGAGUUGCUAGGCAGACGUAUUCUUUUCCAGGCUCAGAGCCCCAUACAACAGUUGGAUCUGAUCACUGAUCUCCUCGGGACUCCUCCUCUUUCUGCCAUGGCAUCUGCGUGUGAAGGAGCGCGAGCGCAUAUUCUUAGAGGACCCCACAAACCACCCUCGCUUUCUGUUCUGUACAUGUUGUCAGAUGGGGCAACACAUGAAGCUGUUCAUCUUUUGUGCCGCAUGCUAGUUUUUGAUCCAGCCAAACGCAUCUCGGGCAGUGACGCUCUGUCUCAUCCGUACUUGGACGAGGGUCGUCUGCGGUACCACACCUGCAUGUGUAAGUGCUGUUACUCUGUGCCCAGCGGGAGGGUGUACACCCGAGACUUUGAGCCACCUGCAGAUCGACCUUUCAGUCACAACUAUGAGCAGAGCAUGCACUCCGUCUGGCAGGGCAAAGAGCUCAUCCAUCGUUUUAUAACCGAGCACCAGCAAGGCAAACGAGUGCCCUUGUGCAUCAAUCCCCAGAGUGCAGCCUUCAAAACCUUCAUUAGAUCCACAGCCUGGCAUUCUUCAAAAGUGUCAAGGAAAGAAGAGAGAUGAGGGGGAUUCUGGGAAAUGUGGAUCAUAGGAGCAAGCAUGCGUUGGAGAUGAAGAUGGUUCUUGAUGGAUUCUCAGCACUCAUUCCAGUUCCACAUGGGGAUUUCUCCGAAAUCCACUUACACACCACUGAUGAAUAAUGCUUCUGAUGCUGCUGAGAACACUUUUAUAUUGACUCUGCUCGAGGAUUACGGGAACUAGUGUUUCCCACAAAAAAAGAAAAUCUCAUGGAUUGUUGAAUUUUGACUAAAUGAGCCAACGUCAAAGUUGUGCAAUACAGAUAUCUGGAAUAAUGCAAAUGACAAGACUGCGCUGACCAUGAUUUCACUAAGGGAUGAGAUGACCGUGCCCAUGAGCCCAUAGCAUCGCCAGUACAGCCAUCUUUACUCUGAGUGUAUCUCCAAACUCUGUCUAGACUUCUAUCACUGUGUUCUUUUUGCGGGUUCUUAGGUUUUAUUCUUAAACUUCUGAUAACCAAAAGAUCCAAAGUCAUCUUUCUUUGUUAAUGCUUCCUCAUUCAAUUUAAUGCUUUCUGUUCAAUUUUCUACUCAUUUUUUUGGAGGGGGAUGGGGG